CAUUGUUGUGACGUAGAACUACAUCCAGUAGCGACUUCGUUGUGGCUAUCUGCUUGUUGUAGCACCAGUAAUGGUAGUGUCUAUUCGUUUCUAUUUUUAAUAGGUAAAACAAACUUUUAACAUCAAUGAACGACCGUGAGUUAGAUCUGACUCGGGCACAGGAAGCUGUCAAGUCGAAAUAUCCUCCAAUUAACAAGAAAUAUGAAUAUUUGGAUCACACAGCAGAUGUACAAAUUCACUCCUGGGGGGGAAGUCUGGAAGAAGCCUUUGAGCAGUGUGCCAUGGGCAUGUUUGGCUACAUGACAGACACAGAGACGGUUGAACCGAUCGACACAGUUGAAGUGGAAUCAGAGGGUGAAGACAUGGAGUCACUUCUCUUCCACUUCCUCGACGACUGGUUAUACAAAUUUAGUGCGGAUCUCUUUUUUAUUCCCAGGGAGGUCAAAGUUGUGCACAUUGACAGAAUGCGCUUCAGGAUUCGCUCCAUCGGGUGGGGGGAGGAGUUCUCUUUGGAAAAGCACCCACAGGGAACGGAGGUGAAGGCCAUCACGUACUCCGCGAUGCAGAUCCACGACAAGGAAAAACCGGAGAUAUUUGCUAUCAUCGACAUCUGAAUGUUGGAACUGGAGGACUGACGAUGGAAGUAGUUUUUCUUUUUUUUAUCCAAGGCACUGUUUUUUAACCUGUGAGAAAUGGGUUUGUACUAUUGUUAAUAGUUUGACAGAGUACUCUGAUCAUCACAGGUUAUAGACUAAUAAAAAAACAAAAUUAGUUUAUAAAUCGGAAAGGUUGCAUAUCUGCUUUAAGACAUACAGAUAAUUAUAAAGGAGUUUAUUUUUUUACUUGCAAAUUAUGUAAGUCUUUUGUAAAAUAAUUUUGAACUUAUACAGAUGUCCUAUGAACUACUGUAAAUAAAUCAGAUAAUCUCUUAUAA